AUGUAUCCCGCUCCGGUGCAGCCAGCAGUCCCACACCCACUUGCUCACACACUCGGGUUCGAAAUCGAGUUCCUCAUCCAGUCCGACCUUCAGCUGUUCACCCUUCAACAGGAAGUCGCGCACGUGAUCAACACGACCGGUCUCGCACGAGCGCGGCCACAGCAAGAGGACGCCCAUCCCGGAACAGGCGUCUGGCUUGUAGGGCGGGACUCGAGUAUCACGGGUGGGAGGGGAGAGCAAGGGAUCGAGAUUAUCACCGGCGUUUACUGGGACGUGCCAGGACUCGAGGGGGCGACGAACGGAUGGAGGAAUGUCCUCCGUGGUGUGUUCGCGGCGCUGCAGAGAUAUUACAAGCAGCGCAUGAAAACGAGCAAGAGCGCGGCGUUGCACGUGCAUGUGGGAGUUGGGGUUGGGAAGGGCGUUCACUGGGAGUUUGAGGAUGCGAAGAGGCUGGCGUAUGUCGUGACGCUGAUGGAGGCGCAGCUCGACAUGUUUCACUCUGAGGAGCGGCGAAAUCCCCCGGAUGCCAUGGGGAGGGCGCACAUGGACCAGUGGAUCCACUCGCUUCGCUAUUCACCGGUAUUGGCGCAACUGUCCAACGAACAAGUGGCGGAACGCAUCGCUGUAUGCAAGGACUGGGAGCCGCUGCUGCUGACGGUGCAGGCUGACUGGGAGGGGGUGCGGCCGUGGCGGCGAGGGUAUCGGGUGAACUUUCUGAGUUUGGAGAAGUACGGAACGGUCGAAUUUCGGCAGCAUGCGUGUUCGAUAGACGGCGACGAGAUGGUCGAUUGGGGGUUCUUGUUGUUGAGGAUAUGUAGAUGGGUGAGGAUCACGAGCGAGGGGACGAUUCGGGAUAUGUGUGUUCGGGGAAGGGUGAAGCUCGUAGAUCUGUUCCCGCCGACCACGACGGCGGGGUACGUGGAUUGGAGGGGGAUGGAAUUGGUGAGACAGGUUAUAGAACCCCCGCCAGGGCGCCUGCCAAAACGCCGCAAGGUGACCGUGGAGGAGGUGAAUAGAGAGUGCAUGGUCUCUUGA